GUCUACUGCGAAGCUAUUCGAGAUGGGUCGUGCUCUCGUGUGUGGUGUAUACAUCUAUUUAUAUUUUGUUAUUGUUGGUGCUGAUUUGGAUGUGUGCCUCAAGGACUUGGGCUGCAUGCGUGGCACGCUGAUGCCAGGAUAUCAGCAGGAUGCGUUUGAGGGAUUUAUGGGUAUACCCUUUGCAGCGCCACCUGUGGGCGAGUUGCGCUUUAAGAGUCCUGUAGCUGCCAGCGCCUGGACGGGUGUAUUGGAUGCCAGUGCUGCAGGCAGCAGUUGUCUACAAAAGUGUUUCCUUAUGGGAUCCUGGCCCAGCGUUGGAUCAGAGGAUUGCCUCUAUUUAAAUGUUUACAGACCUGCGCACAGCAUAACUUCGCCCUUGCCAGUUAUGGUCUAUUUACAUUCUGGUGGCUUUGUCUGCGGCUCUGCAUGUCCCUUUCACAGCGGUCCAAAGUAUCUCAUGGACACUGAAGAGGUUAUUGUGGUCACUGUCAACUAUCGCCUGGGCCCCUUUGGUUUCUUGAGCACUGGCGAUGCUCAGAUGCCUGGCAACAUGGGACUGAAGGAUCAACGUUUGGCGCUCCAGUGGGUGCAGCAGCACAUUGAAUCCUUUGGUGGCGAUCCACAGUUGGUGACCAUUUUUGGACACAGCGCUGGUGGUAUCUCCACACAUCUGCACAUGCUUAGCCCCAAUUCAAAGGGCCUCUUCCAUGGAGCCAUGUCCUUGAGCGGCACAGCUCUCUUUCCGUCUAUCAUUGUAAACGAUCCCCUGGCGCAGGCUCGUCGAUUGGCUGAGCGUGCGGGUGUAGCUCACGCCCAAAGUCUGGACAGCCAGAAGCUAGUGGAGGCGCUGCAUCAGAUCGAUGGAGUGGACUUAUUAGAAGCCGGCGAUGUCCUCAAGGAAUGGAGUAAUUUGCCGCUGCUGAACUAUGGUCCUGUUGUGGAGAAGGAUGCAACGCCGGAUGCGUUUCUCAAUGAGCCGCCCUUGAAGGCUCAUCUGGCUGGGCGCAUCACUCAAGUGCCCUGGCUGCUAGGUUUCGGCUCACGGGCUGGCGAAGGAUCCAUGUUUACAUUGCAACCCUAUUCGAAGCCUCAGCUCCUCAAGGAGUUCAAUCAGAACUUUUUGCAUCUGUUUGGCUUGUUGUUGGACCUACCCCAAGGAGCAGCGGUUGAGGAAACCGUUCAGGAUAUACUGAGUGUGUAUGGCAUUAAUGAUUUCGAACUAAAUAAGGAUACGUUAGUUCCUCUUUCGACUAUCCUGGGCGAUUUCGUGUUCGCCUUUCCCCUCUUCGUCACAGCCAACAGCUAUGGGGACUAUGCAGAUCAGCCCGUCUUCGUCUAUAACUAUGAGUACCACAGCAAUAUUUCCUUUGAAACACUACUUACGGGCGGACCUAUCUACGAGGAGCUGGGUGCAUGCCACAUGGACGAUGCAGUGCACACACUACACAUGCCUGCUCUACUGCCAGACUUUCCCAAAGAUUCCGAGGAUGAGUUGGUUGUUAAACGCAUGACAUCUUUAUUGGUGGAAUUUGCCAAGACUGGUGUUUUCUACGACAAAAGCCAGCUGUUACCCUGCAAAUCUGCUGACUUUACCACUGAUAAGAUCUGCAACUAUUUUCACUUUGGCCAGUUAAAUGGGGUUUAUCACGACACCGUUGAGAGAAGUGCGGACAUGCGAGGAUUGGCCCUAUGGAAGAAACUUUAUUCAUAGACGUCCAUGUUUUACUUAUGACUUAUGUUUUAGUUAUUCGAUUAGAUUUAGAUAGUAAGUAGCUAACUAGACUCCCACAUUUGAAUAUAAUAAAACAUAACAAUUGCAUA